AUGAAUGGUGCAGGGAAGGUGCAUGGAUCUUUGGCGAGAGCAGGAAAAGUGAGAAGCCAAACUCCAAAAGUGCAGAAGCAAGACAAGAAGAAGAAGCCCAAGGGACGUGCUUACAAGCGCAUGCAAUACAAUCGCCGAUAUGUUACUGCAGUGGCUGGGUUUGGAAGGAAGAAAGGACCCAACUCUUCUCAGAAGUAA